GGCAUAUUCCGUUGAUUUCUUUGGCAUUAUUUCUUCAGUUGUGGAAUAUCCAGCAUUGGAAAAAUCGCUUAAUUAAUUAAUUCAUACAUUUAUUUCCCAUUUUGUAUUUUUUUUAAAUGCCUGCUUUAUAUGCUUCUCAUUAUCCGAAUAGUACUUCUACUACGAAAAAUUGUCCGAAAAAUAUUGAACAUAUGAAGCAUGUCAAGUCGUCGGAUAUGGUAGCCUGCCUCACCAGCUCUGUAACCGGUCAUAUUCCACCAAUGUGUUUACCUCCUUCAGGAAAUUACUGCUGUUCACAUACACCGCCAACGCCAAUCAGACGUCCAUGGUUAGGUGAUAAUAAUAAUACAGAACAAAUAACUUCUGUUAGAAGUCGCUCAGGUGUACAAAAACGUUCAGUCUACGUAAAUGCAUCAAUAUAUCCGAUUCCUGAAAUGCUACGUCAUCCUGACAGUAAUAAUGGAUAUGGACAUAAUCGUUGUAGUCGAAUAAGAGAUCGCCAAAAUUCUUAUGAAAAUGCUAAUUCGAUAAACAUGAAUCCUACUAGUAUAUCCACUGUGCCUACAAGCAAUAAUAAUAAUAAUAGUGAUAACGUUGGUAAAACUACACAGAAUGCAUCAAAUCCACAAAUCCCAUAUUGGACACAUUUAUUACCCUAUCGAACAUCUACUGUCCCACAGAAUUUAUCCGGUCGAUUGCGAAAGUCUGAAACACUUCCAAAUGAUUGGAUAAGCACUUAUGAAUCGAAUAAAUUAACAGAGUGUGAAAAAUAUCCUCUUUCCAAGUCAACAUCAUAUCAGUUGAAGAACACCUUGACGAAUCAAAAUGCUCACAAUUCAUCACAAUGCUCCAACAAUUAUUAUUCAGAUGAAUCGAAACCACAUCACUCUAAUGAUCAUGAUACCGGGAUCAAUGGUAAAGGCGCUAAAUCCCCACCGCCUAGACCACCAAUACGAACAAGUUCACAUGGUGGUAUAAGUUCACGACAAACACCUGUUUCACAGCCAUCCACUUCACCGUAUUGUCAACAUCUUAGUUGUCAAAAACAACAGCAUACUCAAGGAUUAUCGAUUUCAUCUACAAAUGCGAAUAACAGUAUCAAUGAAAGUCCGAUUCUCUGUCGAUACUCUCAACUUUACUCUUUGAAUAGCUGUCAUCAUAAUUCAUCACUUUCUAACAAUUCACCAUCGAAUAAUACUACAUCUUCCAAUGGUUGUCAUUCUACUUCACAGCAUCAAAAACACCCGCCUUCAGCGCAUACACACCAGUAUUCGUCUAACGAACAUCCUUCAGCUCAUCCUCCUCAUCGCCAACAGUUUAUUCAGUGUCCCAUUCAAUCCCAUUCAAUUCCAUCUAGUCAAAUGAAUCACCACUCUAAAUCAUAACUCCUGGAAUUAAUAGAUAUGAAGAAAUUACCACUAAAUUAAUCGAACUUAGUCUCAUAAUUAAAAUGUCAAAUAAACAACAAAUACAAAAAUUCAUUCACUAAUUAAUCUGCAUGAUUCCAGUGUGAAAUGCCGACACCCUUUUAUGAUUUUUGCGAUUACCUCACCUUCUUCUGCUUUUUUUUAAUUUUUACUUUCCACCCAAAAGACACAGUGUGUCAAUUUCACCGCAUACUAGUGUGUAAUUUCAUUCAGCAAAAUGCCUGUGUGAGCAGUAGUCAACAGACAAACACACACUCACAAGCACAUACACACACACACACAAAGAGAUAAUGAUGAUGAUGAUGAUUUGAAUGAUUGGUACACAGCCCGUGUGGAUCGAUCAAUCGAGAUACUUCAUUCACUUUGCAAGUGUUUUUGAUUCUAUCACAAAAUGAAGCACACCUGUUACCGGUUGAUGUCUACGCCUGCCUGAUUUCCAUGUUUGCCUUCUGUUAUUAAUAAUCCUAUUAUUUUUUUUAUAAUUUGUACACUAUUUCAUUUCCACGAAUGAAAGCGUGUUUCUCAAUGAGAGACAGACAGUUCAACACUUAUUGUGAACCAUCGAAAUCGGCAGGUUCAUGAUGAUCACGCUUUAAGACACGCAAGGGACUAUUCAUAGAUACCUUUCUUUUUUAUUAUUAUUAUUUCUACAAUCUGAUGAUGAUGUGAUUUGUUUUUUUGUAUUUUCCUUCACAUUCACCUUCACUUUUUUCUUUGUGUUUUUUUUCUUGCUGCAUUCUGUUAUUUUGUUUUUCAUGAUGAUGAUGAUGGUGAUUUCAUAAUUUCAUUUCACAAUCGCCUUACGCCUUCCAUACUUUCGUCAUCCUCCGCCUCCUCCUCGUCCUCGUCCUAUGCCUUCGCCGCCUUCCUUCCGUUGAUUCUUCAUGUCGUCAGUGUGAAUUUACGUAUAUUUAUGCCUCCACGAGAUGCGUUUUGAGUAUCUGAACCAGGGAAGACGAAGAAUACCCUUGUUCGACACCUUGACAAAGUUGUAAAUUGCAAUUUAACUUAACGUACUACUAAUACUACUACUUUUGUUUUUAGGUCAUUUUAUUUAAGUAGUAUAUUUAGUAUUGAACAUCUUCAUUGGUAUUGAUUAAUUAAUUAAUUAAAUUCAUUAAGGCUGUGCAAUUGUUUCUCUUUUUUCAUAUGUCAGUACCACCAGUGGGCUUCUUCUUCAUUGGGUAAAAUUCAUGUGGGGUAUCGCCUGAAAAGAAGUUCUUUUUCAUACUCUUAUAAAAAUUAAUCAAAAAUAUUUUUUUUUUCUAGAAUUUUUUAAAAUGUUUUUUUUUCUAAUGUGUAUUACACCCUUUCUUUAAACAAUUAUUUGAUGAAAAUAAUCUGCAUAUACUAAAAAAAAAAGUUUUUGUUCUUUGGUUGAAACGUUGAAACAAUUUGAGUUCCCUUUUUCAUGAAUUUAGAUAAAGCAAUAAGA